CAGCAGGGUCGGGAGGUCCCGGAGCUCGGCGGUGCGGCUGCACCUACGUGAGAGCUGCCCAACAUACUUCCCAAUUACGGGUGGGACUGUGGGCAUGCCGCGGCGCCGCCGCUCCUCCGCCCUCGACACCUAAAGGGAUUGACCAACACUACGUGGAUGAAUUUGGCCAUUUUCUAGGAGAAUUGAAUGUUAAAUUUCUAUAAACAAAUAAAGCAGUUCUCUCUUGUUUGGAGCAAUGCUGAAAUUCCAAGAGGCUGCUAAGUGUCGGAAUGGAUCAAUAGCCAUUUCAACUUAUCCAAAGACCUUGAUUGCAAGAAGAUAUGUGCUUCAAGAAAAACUUGGUAGUGGAAGUUUUGGAACUGUCUAUCUGGUUUCAGACAAGAAAGCAAAACAAGGAGAGGAAUUAAAGGUACUGAAGGAAAUCUCUAUUGGAGAUCUUAAUCCAAAUGAGACUGUGCAGGCCAAUUUGGAGGCCCAGCUCCUUUCCAAGCUGGACCACCCAGCUAUUGUCAAGUUCCAUGCAAGCUUUGUGGAGCAAGAUAAUUUCUGCAUUAUCACGGAGUACUGCGAGGGCCGGGAUCUGGACUGUAAAAUACAGGAAUGUAAAGAAGCUGGCAAAACCUUUCCAGAAAGUCAAAUAAUAGAAUGGUUUAUCCAGCUGUUGCUAGGAGUUGACUACAUGCAUGAAAGGAGGAUACUUCAUCGAGACUUGAAAUCAAAGAAUAUAUUUCUGAAAAACAAUCUGCUUAAAAUUGGGGAUUUUGGAGUUUCUCGUCUCCUACUGGGAUCCUGUGAUGUAGCCACCACUUUAACUGGAACUCCCCAUUAUAUGAGUCCGGAGGCUUUGACACACCAAGGCUACAACACAAAGUCGGACAUCUGGUCUCUGGCUUGCAUUUUAUAUGAGAUGUGCUGCAUGAAUCAUGCAUUCACUGGCUCCAAUUUCUUGUCCAUUGUUUUAAAAAUUGUUGAAGGUGACACGCCUUCUCUCCCCAAGGGAUAUCCAAGAGAACUGAGUGCCAUCAUGGAACGCAUGUUGAACAAGAGUCCUUCACUGAGACCAUCUGCGAAGGAAAUUUUAAAAAUCCCUUAUAUUGAUGAACAACUACAGCACCUGAUGGGUAGAUACUCGGAAAUGACUCUGGAAGACAAGAAUUUGAAUUGUCAGAAGGAGGCUGCUCAGAUAAUUAAUGCCAUGCAAAAAAAGGUCCACCUGCAGACUCUGCGGGAGCCGUCUCAAGUGCGGAAAAUGACGCCGAGAGAAAGGAUGCGGCUGAGGAAGCUGCAGGCAGCUGAUGAGAAGACCCGGAAGCUGAAAAAACUUGCAGAAGAAAAAUAUGAAGAAAAUAACAAACGAAUGCAAGAGUUGAGAUCUCGGAAAUCUGAGCAGCAGCUAACUGUUGAUGUACUCCAUGAAUUUGAUGACCUGACUUCAGAGAACCUGCCUGAGUCUCAGCCCAUUCCUUCCUUGGACCUUGACCCACUUGACUCAAGUAUAGAAGACACCAUAACUGACCUUGGAGAUCACGAGAUCCCAGAAGACCCGCUUGUGGCUGAAGAGUAUUAUGCUGAUGCCUUUGAUUCCUGUUCUGAAGACAGUGAGGAGAAGCAAGAAGAAAUAAUGUUCUCAGCACCGAGGGAAGAGGUCAAGAAUGAGGGACCCCGGCCUGCCUCCAGAACGUUCCAACAGGACAGUGAUAUUGAAGCACUGGUCGGGUGUUUGGAAAAUGUCCUGGGUUGCACCUCUCUAGACACAAGGACCAUCACCAGCACAGCUCCAGACAUGUCUCCGGGACCAACAAUGUUCAACAGCACAGUGGCCAAGACCAAGAUGAAGCACAUGAGGGACUUUCCCAAAUCUCUCCAGGACCCCCUAUUAUUGGAGCCUAAUAAGGAGCGGUGGGCAAGGCAGAAUUGUCCGCAGAGUCCUGUGCUCAGCAUUAGAAGACGGAGUCCAGAAGAGUGGGUUUGGAGCUGAGGCAAUGUCCUGGCACCACGUGGCAGCCCGUCACACGUCACCUCCUUGAAGCAGACGUGUUCCUGUGCUUCUUGCUUCUCCAAGAAACCUGAGCAGUUCCUUCAACAUCUUGGAUGGGAAAGAGCCUUGACAUCAAGUGGUCCUGGGACAGGAUCUCUCAACUCCCAUCUUCAUAAUUCUUUUAAGUCAUUAACACAAAACAAAGAUUUUUAUGGCUGUCAAUGGGUGUGUAUGUAAAGAUAACUCUCAGAAAGCUGUUGGUUUUCUUUCACACACCAGGUAGAUAGUAGUUUUGCCGUUAUUAUAAACAUACAGUUUCAACAGCUUGAUUUCUUGAAAAAGAGAGAAAACAUUAUGCCUCUCUGAUUUUUCUACUCAAACAGAACUUUUUAAUGCAAAUGAAAGCAUGAUUCAAGCAUAAAAACAACCUAAUUGCUAAUCAUAUUUUAAUGAUCCCUUAUUAAAGCAAAAUUUAAAGUGAAUACAAGCGUAUUAGAAACUUUUCUCAUGUUUCCUUAAUUUGUAGCUAUCACUCAUAAAGCUAACCCGGCAUGUCCCUCCAGGAUGCAGAGAAACACACCCUUAUACUCACAUCAAACCUAUUUCCUAAAUGCGAACAACAGCCUCAUUGGGUGACAAAGUUCUUAGGACCUGCACUGAGUCUUGUCCUUUUGAUUAUGUUUUGAAAAGUAGACCAUUCAUUUACAAGUUUCCCUAAGCCUCCAAGCCUGAGCUCUUGGGGGGGGUGUGUGUGUGCACGUGCACAUGUUUACUGGUAACUUCUCUCUAGCUAUCCUUGGGCAGAAACUGAGAGAGGGAAACUCCAGGUGUGCCAGCAUCAAACACGGCCUGGCUUGGAUCAGAGAGGUGAAAAAUGUUUCUGUCAACCUCAGCUUGUGAAUUUUUAAAGCUAGCAUUGUACUUCCCUUGAUUUACAAGGACUGAUGGCAAAGAAAUCAUCCCACAGGAAGAAUUAGAUGUAAAAACAUCCCGGUUCCCAAACAUACAUCAAUAAUCCUAGCUUUGCCGGAAUGUAACGCUUCAGAAAACGUUUCCUUGGAACAUGGCGAAACUGUAGAGGGGCUUUUAAUGGUUUCAUUCCAAAGGAAGUGGUGGUGCUAUCAAGCCCCGACUGAAACUACUUUAACGCUGGGCCUUCAUGCCCUAGUGCCCGCAGGGACAGCAGUGAGGUGUGGCCUCGGUCCCACCAGGUGCAGCUUGUGGGCACCCUCAGGACUGAACUGAAGGCGGGCACCUGCCACUUAAAUCUGGGACAGUGUCCACAGCAGCGGGCGCCCCGUGAACGAAGGAGACGUUGGAGGACUCUGUGGGGCAGACCUCAUUACUUUGGGGAUGAAGCAAACAAAACAUCAUCUGAUCUCGAGAUCAGGGUUCCUGAUCACGGAGCGAGUCAGCCCACGACCUUUAUCGCCUUGUACGUAACAUUUGCAGGAGGCAUUCUUGCCUCUAAAUAGUAAUGCUCACAGCCCUCCCCACUGACUAAUGCUCCUGCCUGUUGUUGCUGGAAGCAGGCUUUGUCAGCUGAGUUCUGUUCCUCACAGUGUGGUCCCAGACCAGCAGCAGCAGAGCUGCCCGGAAGCCCAUUAGAAAUGCAGGUUCCCAGGCCCCAGCCAGACUCGUUGAAUGAGAAUCUGCGUUUUCAAACACGCCCCUCAGGGGAAUCCUGUGCCCAGGAAGAUUGGAAACCCACUUCCAAACUGUCCUCCCCAGUAUGUCCGACUGGCCCCACACCGCAGAUUUCCAUGUAUUCCCCGCAACAUUCUGUUUCCAAGUUUUUCCCAUCUUGACUGAGAUAUAUUUGACGUAACAUUAUGUCAGUUUAAGGUGUACCAGGUGAUGAGUUGAUGUGUGAGGGUAUAUUGUGAAAUGAUUGCCCCAAUAAGCUUAGUUUACACACCCAUCGCUCCUCACUGUUACCAUAAAAAUGUAAAACGCUUCACAAACUUGUGUGUCAUUCCUAUGCAGAAGCUAGACUAACGUCUGUAUCAGUCCAGUCUUAGUCCAUAUGCUGCCGAAAUAAGCACUCUGCUUCCGUCUGAAGCCCAUUUCCUGCUUUCUUCCAAUUCUCUAAAUGCCACAUAAAUUCUUCACUGGCCUUCACUCUGAUUUUCCCCUCUGUCUCUUUUCCCACUAGGUAAAAUAAUAAAGAUGGAAAGAAAAGAGGAAGGGAGGGAGGAAAGAGAAGGAAAAAAUGAAAAAAGGAAGGUAGGAAGGAAGAAAAAGUGGGAAGGGAUGUAGGAAGGAGGGAAGGGGACCUUAUUUGCAAUUGUGCCAUAAUACUGUUGGAGUUCAUGAGCUCUAUUUCAAAUAUACACAUACACCUUUGAACAAUUGCGGGGUUUUGGGGCACCAACCCACCACACAGUGGAAAACCCUCAUAUAACUGUUGACUCCCCAGAAGUUAACUGCUAAUAGCCUACUGUGCAAGGGAAACCUUACCAAUAGCAUGAACAGUCGAUUAACACAUAUUGUGUAUGCUGCAAGUAUUCUAUACUGUAUUCUUAUAAGAAAGUAAGC